AUGUCCCAGCUCAUAAGCUUGAUAUACGGAGGUGAUUUGAACCUCUUCCGCCCCCGAGACGUCCCUUUCGGCCAUGAAGAAUAUGAACUGAAGAUUCUUAUGCGGCAAACCCAGUAUUCUGGGCCGUUUCCUGCCAAGUACGAGGAGAUUAUCGACCAGGAGACUGUCGCGGUGAUACUUUAUUUAGGGGAACAAAUCCCGAAAUCGAAGCUGACGCAGUUCCAUCGGACUACCGAGAGGGAAGUGUCGAAGGAAGACAAAGAGUUCAUUGGCAAGAUCAUGAAGCUGGAAGAGAUAGGCACUCCGUAA